AUGUCUGCCACUCAUCGCCUCAUCUCUGUAUCCAAGUACAAGGUCUUUCUCUUCGAUAUUGAAGGUACUACCACACCCAUCGUAUUUGUUGCAAAUACUCUCUUCCCAUUCAUUAGAAAUACUCUCUCAAAUUAUCUCUCACAAACAUGGACGGAAGAACAAACCAGAAAUGAUGUUCGAGCUCUCCGAGAACAAGCCGAAAAGGAUAUCCAUGAUGAAAAUUUCAAAGAUGCUCCACAAAUUGAUUCCGAAUCACAACCAUCUGUGAUUGCCAAUGUCUUUUACAACAUGGAUAAAGAUAGAAAGAUGACUGCUCUCAAACAAUUACAAGGACACAUGUGGAAGAGUGGAUACGAAAAUGGAGAAUUAUUGGGACAAGUCUAUGAUGAUGCCUUUAACUUUUUUGAGAGAAUUCGUAAACAAAAUUCUUGUAAAAUUUAUAUUUAUUCCAGUGGUAGUGUACAGGCACAAAAGUUGUUAUUCCAAUAUUCCACUCAUGGAAAUUUAUUACCUUUCAUUUCCGAUCAUUUUGAUACUUCUAAUAUUGGAAAUAAGCUGGAAAAAGAGAGUUAUGAAAAGAUUAUUGAGAAAAUUGGAGUGAAUAAGAGUGAAAUUUUGUUUUUAACGGAUAAUAUUGGAGAGGCUGAAGCUGCACGAGAGGCAGGUGUAGAUGCCGUUCUAUCUGUGAGACCUGGCACAAAACCAUUACCUGAAAUCAUACAUUUGAGGCAGUGA